AUGUGCAGCACAUUCUAUCUGGCUGUAGUGCACUAGCUGGAACAGGCUAAUAAGUAGCUACAGAGACAUAACAAUGCUUUCAAGAUCUUAUUCUUUGAAGUCCUCAGAUCUUUAGAUUUCAUUACUAAAGUUGAACCGUGGUUCUCACAAGUCACACCCAAGCCACUGUAUGAGAAUGAGCAUGCGACGGCCUUCUGGGACGUCCCAUUAUUAGCUGACACAACUCAAGUAAAAGCUAAUAGAAUCGACAUCACGGUCAUCGACAAGACCAGCAAGCAAGUCAGGGUGAUUGAAAUGAGCUAUCCAUGGCUGGAAAAUAGAGAGUCUAAAGAUUCUGAAAAGACAACGAAGUACAGUCAAUUGAGACUAGAGCUGAUGAACCGAUACCCUGAGUACAAAGUCAAUCAGUAUAACAUCAUCAUGGAUGUCCUUGGGAGCUGUUCGAAAGAGGUUGAGAAAAAUAUUAAAGAGCUUGUACGAGACAAGUGA